AGCGGCUACCAUCAGCAAAUGGAUCAAAGUGGCAAUUGACACUAAAACCGCGCUCGGCAAUCUUUAUGGCUUCUGUGGCGUUAUGCUCGGCCUAUGCUUGCCGCAAAUUCAGAGACUAGCCAAUACAUGGCACUUGUUACGACAAAAACACACGGACGAAGCUUUUAGCUUCGAAGCGAAAUUAAGACCUACUCUACGGGCUAUGAACGAGUGUACCAAUCCGCAGGCGCCUAAUACAACGUUACCACAUUUGCUACCGAUCGCGCUACUUGGCGAACGCGGUCCAGAAGAUGUUUUAGGCACUGUGGCACCUUUUGGACUGACGGCAGCGAUUCUUUCACCAUGGGAGAAUUCAGCAUCUGAUUGCGGCCUAUCGAUAGUCUGGUCGCACCUUGAGGCGGCUCGCAAGCUAGCCGACAGUCUACCGCUCUUUCGCAGGAACGCGGAAAUCGUCUUGGAAGGUUGUAGGAGCGACGAAUUGCUAUCGGACGCCUUCCGCACCGAAUUUCACAUCAAGUUCUUGUGGGGCAGUCGCGGUGCCACUGUCGCACCGGAAGAACGUCACUUAAAGUUUAUACAAGUCUUAGACGCAAUGUAUGACAAGUGUGCGGCGAGCGAAGUGACCGCUUGAAAAACAAACCAAAGGAUCUCAUGGAUCUGAAUGGAGAGAAGAGUCUGAAGAGAUGAUUCUCCACGCGUGAG